CGUUGCUUCAUCAUAAACGAAAUUAAUCUGAAUUUUGUACACAAGUAUGCGUUUUGUUCAGUUGCCAUUGCAAUUUGUCAGAAAACAGUCCACCGCCUUAAGCCUUUUCGCACCCGCCCUUUCAGUUCCAUUUUCACCCACCUGCGAUUUUCAUUCGCAACAGAGCCGAUUGCCGGUUUUUGCAUCGCAAAGUCGUCGAGUCUCGUUAGAGAAUUGCAAAAUGUUGAAGUAUCUCAAUCAAACCGAAGCCAUCAAUGUGGACCAGGAGCUCUUCAGUGAGUACAAAUUCAGUGUGGAUCAGCUGAUGGAGCUUGCAGGCCUGAGUUGUGCGCACGCUGUUGCCAAAUGCUUUCCUACCGAACGCCAUCGGCGCGUUCUAGUCUGCUGUGGACCCGGCAACAAUGGUGGCGAUGGCUUGGUCUGUGCGCGCCAUUUGGCAUUGCUUGGCUACACGCCCAGCAUCUAUUACCCGAAGCCUACGCCCAAACCGCUCUAUGAGAAUCUGCUGCAUCAGUGCCAGCGCAUGGAUAUUUGCAGCAUCGCCGAGUGCCCAAAUGUUCAGAAUGCCGCCGGCUCAUACGAUCUCAUUGUGGAUGCUCUUUUUGGCUUCAGCUUUAAGCCACCAGUACGUGUGGAUUUCGUACCAGUGGUCGAAUUGUUGCAGCAGACGAAGUUGCCCAUUGCCAGCGUGGACAUACCAAGCGGCUGGGACGUGGAAAAGGGUAAGGUAAAUGAGUGCGACUUCGAGCCCAGCCUCCUAAUAUCGUUGACCGCUCCCAAGCUUUGUGCUAAACACUUUAAGGGCGAACAUCACUUUCUGGGUGGCCGAUUUGUACCACCAGCUCUCCAGGAAAAGUAUCAACUCAAUCUGCCGGCCUAUCCGGGCAGCGAAGUAUGCGUUAAAUUGUGAUUCUGAAAUAGGCUACCUUUUUAAAUAAGCCCCCAAACUUUUAUACUAAUAAUAAUUUUCCAUAAUUGGAAAAGUUGUUUAAAUAAAAUUGUGAUUUAAACCCUCGGUUUAUAAAACAAA